UUCAUUUGAACAAAGAGUUCUAUUUUAUCUAUCCAAUAUUAACCUUUUUUUCUCUCUCCACCCUUCCCCUCUAGGCCUGUAAGUCCAUGUGUAUGUGGGUCCUUGCCAUGGACUCAUACUCCCAUGUAUUCCGGACAGUGGAACCUAAACGUGCUAAGUUGGCAGAGGCCCAGAAGGAGUUAGAUGGGGUGAUGAAGAUGUUGAAGGAGAAACAGGACCAACUGGCUGAAGUCGAGGCCAAGAUCGCCGAACUCCAGGCCACGUACGACAACAGCGUCAGAGAGAAACAGAAGCUGGAGAGGAAUAUCGCCACGACCGCCGCACGACUCAAACGUGCCGCUAAACUGACAACCGCCCUGGGUGACGAACAGGUCCGCUGGGCCGAAACAGUCAAGGACUUCAACAAGCAGAUAGGUAAUGUGGUGGGAGAUGUAUUUGUGUCCACAGCCUGUGUGGCUUACUAUGGAGCCUUCACCAGUAACUACCGACAUGAACUCGUGGAACAAUGGACCAAUCGCUGCAUAGAACUAGAAAUCCCCGUCACCCCGGGAAUGACCAUCGUGUCCGUUUUAGCUGAUCCGUUCGAGAUUCGGCAGUGGAAUUCUGACGGACUUCCCAAAGAUCAGCUGUCUACGGAGAACGCCAUUCUCGUCACUAGGGGGCGUCGCUGGCCGCUGAUGAUUGACCCUCAAGAGCAGGUAACCACUAGAUGUUAUGGUAUUUACUAG